AUGCUACUGCGUGUCACAGGAGAGAGUGCAUACUGUUAUCGGGGAAAGGGGCUUGUAUAUCGCGGCCAUGACCAUGAGACCAUCAGGGGUCUCACAUGUCUGUUCUGGAACGAGACCUUAGACCGGAAGUUCAACACUCGUGACUACCCGAAUGGACAGCUUGGGUUAGGUCCGCACAACCACUGCCGUAACCCGGAUGGAGACGAGAAGCCGUGGUGCUACACCGUGAACGACAAGCACGCGCCGCCUCGAGAGCCUCCGAAGUACUGCAGGAGUGACGAGGUGAUCUGCGCGAACAGACAGUGCCUGCCUGCGCGCUUCGUCUGCAACGGGAACGACGAGUGCGGCGAUGGCAGCGACGAGGAGUUGUGUGACUGUUUCCGCGGACGCGGUAAGGACUAUCGCGGGCGGCACUCCGUCACCACGGCCGGCCUGCCCUGCCUCUUCUGGAACGCCACCGUCCAUCUGGAGUUCAACUCGUGGAAGAACUCACAGACGGAAUACGGCAUCGGGCAACACAACUUCUGCCGGAACCCGGACGGGGACAGCGCGCCAUGGUGCUACACGCACCCUAACGGGCGGUACGGGUACUGCAACGUCAGCAGAUGCGAAGACAAAUUUGACCUGUCGGAUAAGCUAAUGGGUGACGCGCCACGCAGCACCCAAAUAAGGCUGCCCCGCCCCGUCAUCCCUUGCGGCACCCCCAGUGUUGCCCAGCCGUUGAGCGGUGACGUAGCUGUGAAAGGCGAGCAUCCGUGGCAGGCCCUGCUGCUGACCAAAGGCGUGCACCACGCGUGCAGCGGGACCCUGGUGCAUGACUGUUGGGUGGUGACGGCUGCGCACUGCAUGGACGGAUCUAAGGACGCUUACGUCAUCAGGCUGGGGGAGUACAACACCGUCCUGGGCGAGCAGACCGAGCAGGACUUCGGCAUCGACAAGGCGGUCAUUCACCCAGGAUAUGACGUAGGCACCGGCCAACACGACAUAGCCCUGCUCAAGCUACGAAAGAAGAACGGCGCAUGUGCGAGAACCACCAACUUCGUACGGCCCAUAUGCCUCCCGGAUGCGGAAAUGACGUUCCCUGUUGGGACGCAAUGUGACGUCAGCGGAUGGGGCAGAACAGACACAGACCGGUCUCUGCGUCCAACCACCCUGAUGAAGGCGCGGAUCCCGUUGUUGCAUGAUGGUCUAUGUCAGCACAUCUACGGAGACAAGCUCCUGCCCGGCAUGCUGUGCGCGGGCCACGUCAGAGGCGGCAACAACGCCUGCAAGGGCGACAUCGGCGGCCCGCUGACGUGCAAGCUUGAUGGGAAGUGGGUGCUGUGGGGUGUGACGUCAUGGGGGUUCGGGUGCGGGGAGCCGAAAACGCCCGGAGUUUACACUCGUGUUGCUGAGUACACGGACUGGCUGCAGAGAGUCAUGGCCUUCUACUGAGCAACUAGGGAGGUCCUUUAGUCUUCACUGAGCCCCUGUCAUCCAUUCAGACUAGCUGCAGAGAGUCAUGGCCUUCUACUGAGCAACUAGGGAGGUCCUUUAGUCUUCACUGAGCCCCUGUCAUCCAUUCAGACUAGCUGCAGAGAGUCAUGGCCUUCUACUGAGCAACUAGGGAGGUCCUUUAGUCUUUACUGAGACCCUGUCAUCCAUUCAGACUGGCUACAGAGAGUCAUGGCCUUCUACUGAGCAACUAGGGAGGUCCUUUAGUCUUUACUGAGACCCUGUCAUCCAUUCAGACUGGCUACAGAGAGUCAUGGCCUUCUACUGAGCAACUGGGAGGUCCUGUACCCCCGUCAUACAGUAAGAACAUUUCCUUUGCAGGUUAGACAUCCAGGAAAUAAAAUAUGCCAAAUAGCAGUUACUCAAGCAACUGGACAUGAUUUUUUAAAUCAUAGCCAAUUACUCGAGUAACUUUUAUUUAGCAUAACAUGUUAUAUUGUCGUGUCAGAUAUAGAAUUGUCAAAUUCCCAAAGUAAAUUCUUUUGAGGGGGGCUAUGAUUAUCAGAUAAUCCCUUAGGAGGAGGGGCAAUAUCUGCAAUUUUUCACCCUUGAAAGAAGUCUAGUCGUGUUAAAGUUUUUUUUUUUUAAUUGAGGACUUGUAUUAUUUAUAGUAGCGUUAUAUUUGCACAGGAUGUGUUCCACAAAUUUCACCAAGUGAGUGAAAUAUCUAUGGAAUUUCGCCUAAACUUAAGACCGGAAGGCAGCUGUUGUAGUAUGUUUGUAUGAUGGUUACAUUUCUGAAAGACCGCAAUGAGCUCGAGAAUUCUAGGAGAUUUGUUUUAUGAAAUUCGUUGAUAGAACAUUGCUACUUUUUCAUAAGUUUGUCUGAGGCUGCUGUGUAUUAUUCACAGAUUCUUUCUUCAGAUUCACAUUUGUAGAUAUUGAUGGCUGUUAGCAAGUGAAACGUGCUGGACAAAGAUAUUUGGUCUUUAUGUAUAGAAUAGACAUCGCAUCGAUGAUUGUGUGCAAAACGUAAGGUUCUGGUCAUUUUUUUUGUCUGUAUGUGAAAAUAUCAGAAACAAUUUGAUGAAGUUUUGCCAACUUAUUAUUCGCUUGUACAUGAAGCAUGUAGUGGUUUGAUAUCUAAUUGAGAGUAUAGACACUAGCAAAUCAUUAGAACGUGAUUAAGAUUAACACGAAAUAAUGCUAUAUUUAUAUAAAAUAAUGACAUACAAUAUACAAACAGCAACCAAGUAUAUCACUUGAUUAAAGAAACGUUGGUAAAAAAAUCUGUGAACUGAUAAGGAUGUUGUAAAUCCGAAAACAAAACAUCGGCAGUUCGUUGUCGGGUGGAAUGGGACAAAAUGUUGGAUUAUGUGUCCAAAAGAAUUUGCAAAUUAAAAGCACAUCUUUA